AUGCGUGCCUCCAUGUUUCUCGCCGUCGCGGUCGGCGUCCUGUCCCCGGCGUACGCUCAGGUCGUGGGCAAGGCGUUCGGAAUGGCAGCCGGCACGACUGGCGGCGGCAGCGCGACGCCGGCCGUCCCGGCCGACAUCAAGCACACUCCCCGUGUCAUCUUGAUCGACCGGGAAUUCAACUUCAUCGGCUCCGAGGGCACCGCGACCUCGGUCGGCUGUGAGAACAAGGACUGCCCCGUGUCCAAGGGUGGCCAGGACUACAUUGGAACGCUUUCAUGCGGCGACACAGCCAGGAUGAAUCCCAUUGCCUCGGUCAAGUACGACACUGCCGGCACAAAGCCCAUGCAAGUCGGCAGCAACAAGUCUCUCGUCGGUGUCGGCAACAAGGGUGUCAUUGUCGGCAAGGGUCUGCGCAUUAUCGGCUCGAAGAACAUCAUCAUCCAGAACAUCCACUUCACCAACAUCAACCCCAAGUCGGUGUGGGGGCGGCGAUGCCCUGACGCUGGGCAACACGGGACAACAUCUGGAUCGACCACAACAAGUUCUCCCUCGUCGGCCGCCAGUUCAUGGUCUCGGGCUGGGACGCCGCCGGCCGUGUCACCGUGUCGAACAACGAGGUUUGACGGCGCGACCAAGUGGUCCGCCAGCUGCAACGGCCAGCACUACUGGGCCCUUCCUCUUCAUCGGCGGCCAAGGACUUCUUCACCUUCUCGGGAAACUGGCUGCACGACAUCUUCGGGCCGCGCGCCGCAUUACGGCACCUACAAGAACGGCGCCACCAACGGUCCAAGCAGCCCGGUGACCCGCAGUCCACGCCCCGCGCCAACAGCAUUACAUCCAGGGACAAGGGGCACCGCCUGCGUCUCCGCCAUCGGCCGCGCCUGCCAGCCCAACCAGCGCGACAGCACCUCCGGCACCCUCCCGGCCAUCGAGGAGACCGACGCCCUGACCCAGCUGCGCAAGGACGCCGGCGCCAACAUUGCUCCGGCCAAGCCGGCCUCCGGCGUCGAGGCGAGCGUCAAGGCCAACGCCGGCGUCGGAAAGAUCAACGCCGGCACCACGACGCCUGCUCCGGCGCCCAAGCCCACCACCACCACGGCUGCUGCGCCCAAGCCCACCGCCACGACGCCGUCGACGGUAGGUUCCGGCACCGUCGCUCUCUGGGGCCAGUGCGGCGGUUCCGGCUGGACUGGCGCCACCACGUGCGCGCAGGGCACCUGCAAGGUGCAAAACCAGUGGUUCUCCCAGUGCCUCUGA